AAAAGCAGCAGUUGUUUAUCGCAGCCUCGCCUCAGCGAGGCCUGAGAUUCUUUCGAACAGGAGCUUUGCUUCCCAUGACGCAGAGCGAAGUGUCAACUGGGAUAUUUCUGGUAAAACUGAAAGCAAGAGAAGCGGGUGUGCCUUUCAGGAGGGUCCAGCUUCGUGGGACGUGGGUGGGAGUAGGGAGAGUUUGGGUGUCAUCCCCAAGUGACAGACAGAUGGACCUUUUAUCUGAGAGAAGGAAGAGGUAUGCUGGCAAAUCAACCUCAAACCCAAGAUUGCUUCUGAAGCAAUCAUAAAAAGGAAUAAACCACAAAAGCUGGAGGGGAAGAUCGAAGAGGCAAGAAGGGCGCGGAUUGUGACAAACUCACCGCUUCAUCGGUUACUCACUCGAACUGGAACAAAAUGUCCCUGAAGUUGCCAAGGAACUGGGAGUUCAACCUGAAAGUGGAGGCUGGGAAAAUAGUUCGGUCCCAGAGUGUGAUGACUGGCGAGCAGAUGGCAGCCUUUCACCCAUCAUCCACCCCCAACCCACUGGAAAGGCCUAUCAAGAUGGGCUGGCUGAAGAAGCAGAGGUCCAUCGUGAAAAACUGGCAGCAACGGUAUUUUGUGUUGAGGGCACAGCAGCUCUACUACUACAAGGAUGAAGAGGACAUGAAGCCACAGGGCUUCAUGUAUCUACCAGGAAGUACCAUAAAGGAGAUUGCCACAAACCCAGAAGAAGCUGGAAAGUUUGUCUUUGAAGUCAUUCCAGCCUCAUGGUACCAGAAUCGUGCAGGACAGGACUCCUAUGUCCUCAUGGCCAGCUCCCAGGCAGAGAUGGAGGAGUGGGUUAAGUUCCUGAGGAGAGUUGCCGGCACACCUUCUGGAGCGGUGUUUGGCCAGCGCUUGGAUGAGACUGUUGCCUAUGAGCAGAAAUUUGGCCCCCACCUUGUGCCUAUUCUGGUGGAGAAGUGUGUAGAGUUCAUCCGGGAGCAUGGCUUGAACGAAGAGGGCAUCUUCCGCCUGCCUGGGCAGGAUAACCUGGUGAAGCAGCUGAGAGAUGCCUUUGAUGCAGGGGAGCGACCCUCCUUUGCCAGAGACACAGAUGUGCACACAGUGGCCUCUUUGUUAAAACUCUACCUCCGAGACCUCCCGGAGCCGGUGGUUCCCUGGAGCCAGUAUGAGGGAUUUCUGCUCUGCGGGCAGCUCAUGAAUGCAGAUGAGGCAAAGGCUCAGCAGGAGUUGAUGAAACAGCUCUCCAUCCUGCCCCGAGACAACUACAACCUCCUGAGCUACAUCUGCAGGUUUCUCCAUGAAAUCCAGCUGAACUGUGCAGUUAACAAGAUGAGCGUGGACAACCUGGCCACUGUGAUAGGAGUGAAUCUCAUCAGAUCGAAGGUGGAAGACCCUGCUGUGAUCAUGAGAGGGACUCCUCAGAUCCAAAGGGUAAUGACUAUGAUGAUUAGAGACCAUGAAGUCCUCUUCCCCAAGUCCAAAGAUGCACCUCUGUUACCUCCUGCCCAGAAAAAUGACCCUAAGAAGCCUCCAGUGGCCCGAAGCUCUGUGGGCUGGGAUGCCACAGAGGACCCCUCAAUUUCUCGGACAGACAGCUUUAAUAACACGACAAGUGACUCAGACACAACCAGCCCUACUGGACUUCAGCUGAGUGGUGUGCAUCUGGAGGACAGCAGCAAACUCUCGGGGGAAAAGCCAGGAGUCUGGGAUCUGCAAUCACGGAAAAGGACUCAGACUCUCCCUAACCGGAAAUGUUUCUUGACUUCAGCUUUGCAUGGUGCCAACAGCAGCAAAGUGGAGGUCUUUAAAAAUGAGUUCUGGUCAUCUUCAGAGACCAAGGUAGGGGAAGGGCACAAGAGAGCAAUGUCUCAAGAUUUGCGCCACCUAUCUGACUCCCAGAGGACUUCCACUUAUGAUAAUGUCCCUGCCCUCCCAGUGUCCCCUGGGGACGAAGCAAGUGCACCCUUUUCUCACACCUAUAACUCCAAGAAAGACACUCCUGUCAGCCCUAAUUCUGAUGCUGGGCCUGCAAGAAAGGACUCUGGAGAAGAGGAGUUUGGAUCUUCCCAGAGAGUCGUCCAGGAGCUACGAAAGGAAAUAGAAACACAGAAGCAAAUAUAUGAGGAACAGAUUAAAAACCUUGAGAAGGAAAACUAUGAAGUCUGGGCUAAGGUAGUGAGGCUCAAUGAAGAAUUGGAAAAAGAGAAGAAAAAGUUUGCAGCCUUGGAAAUCAGCUUCCGCAAUGUGGAGCGCUCCCGGGAAGAUGUUGAGAAGAGGAACAAGGUCUUGGAAGAAGAAGUCAAGGAGUUUGUCAAAUCGAUGAAGGAGCCCAAGAGUGAUGCUUGA